AUGGAGCCACAGUCCCACCACCACCACGAGACCCACCAUCACGCGCAGCCGGAGGAGGAGCGCUCGCGCUCGCCCACGGUCACCACCACCGCCAGUUCCUUCACAGCCAACUUCUCGUCCACUUCCAGCACCCUCGCCUACGACCGGGAGUUCCUGAGGACUCUGCCCGGGAUCCUCAUGGUGGCUGAGAUUGUGUUGGGGUUGCUAGUAUGGACACUGAUUGCUGGAACAGAAUAUUUCCUGUAUCCUGUCUUUGGCUGGGUAAUGUUUGUGGCAGUGUUUUACUGGGUGCUUACACUCUUCUUUUUAAUCAUCUACAUGACAAUGACGUAUACUAGGAUUCCCCAAGUGCCAUGGACCACUGUUGGUCUGUGUUUUAAUGGCAGUGCCUUUCUUUUGUACUUUAUUGCUGCCAUUGUAGAUGCAACUGCAGUCACCAAAGAACUGGACAGCCACAACUACAACAGCUGGGCAGCUUCUUCAUUCUUUGCCUUCGUUGUCACUUCCUGCUACGGUGGAAACGCGUAUUUUAGUUUUGUAUCUUGGAGAUCACGGACUUUGCAAUAAAUAUUAUCUUUAAAUUAAA